AUGUUGAAAGUAGUAUGGAAGUACACUUCUAAUGCCACUCGUUCGAUGAAGUUAACGAAUGGGUUUAUCCCCAACUACACCCAGAGUUUAAGGACAGCUUUCUUGGUACAUCCGAAAAGAAACUACGCCCAGUCUUGGGACGACAGGCAACCUAACGAUAAGAUUGACGCACACAUAAAAGUACAAAAACUUAUGGACGAAAUAAAUUCAAAGCCUAGUGUUCUGGAAAAACUAGAACAUGUGAGUAACGUAAUGAUCGAAAAAAAUUUGAUCGAUUUAGAUGCGGCAUCCAAUGAGGGAAACACUAUGAAACCAUGGCAAAUGAUCAAGAUUUUAAUGGAUAGAGAUUUAAGGCAUGCUAUGAAGGAAUUUAAAUCAGAAUUGGAGAAAUCUGGCAUUCAGUUAGGACCUGACCAAUUAGGCCCAUUAAUGACCGUUUUGGGAUUGGAAAAGAAAAAAUAA